AUGAGUCUCCUCAAAGAACGUAAACCAAAGAAGCCUCAUUACAUCCCAAGACCACCAGGAAAGCCAUUUAAGUACAAGUGCUUUCAGUGCCCCUUUACUUGCAAUGAGAAAUCUCAUCUUUUUAACCAUAUGAAGUAUGGCCUCUGCAAAAACUCAAUUACUUUAGUAUCAGAGCAGGAUCGAGUUAUCAAGUGUCCAAAAACCAGCUCCUUGGAGCCCAAGCAGAUCAAUCAGCUCGAAUCUACAGUCAAACCAACUUCUUCUAAAGCCAUCACCAAUGGACUGUCAAAUCUCGAUUCAAAGCCUCAAUAUUCUUUUGCAAAAGAGGAUGCCAAGGAAAAUGUUGAAUUACAAAACCAGGCAACAAACACAGUAAUUCAAGGACAAAAACCUGGUAUUCAGAAGGAAUUAAGCCCUGCCAGCAGUACAACAGAAAGUGCUAUUAGCAUGCAGCCCCUUUUGGACAGCAUAGGGAGGCCCUCGGCUUUCGUUCCUGUAGGAGAACACAGAGAUAGUAAAGGCCCAGAAACAAGUGAAGUGUCUGAAAUCAUCUCACUUCCCAACAAAAGCUCAGCUUUUCACAGCAAGUCUGCAUUUCAUGCACCAGGUCACCCAUGGAAAGCAGGCUCUCCUUUCCUCCCAGAGUUCCCACAUAAAGUUGCUCCCACAAAAGGCUUUGGUUCUAUUUCACCUUACAUGCAACCAAUGAUUCCCGAGUAUUCACCCCAUUUCUAUGAACACAGGCUGGCUAUCUACACACCUUACUUGCUUCCAGGUAGUUCAGAGUGUGAAAGCUCUUCUCUGUCUGUCUACGGCACACAAGAUCAAAGACACUUUCUUCCCCACCCUGGGCCACUUCCAAAACCCAUAAAUCCAUCAGCGUAUGAACACUAUCGAUUGUUUCAGCAAUAUCAUUCCACACCUCCAAUACCAUAUGGAUUUUGUAGGCCAACAGAUCCUCCAUUCUACAGAUUUUCACAUGUUGCUGGUAUCAACAGAGACCAAAAUUCUCAUCUAAUGGAAGAAACUACUUUGCUGUAUCCAGGUUCUCUAAGCCCAUCCCAACAAUACCCUUUAAGUUCGCACAAAAAACAAGCAGAUUAUGACAAAGAAAUUACAUUACUGCAUGCCAAAAGUCAUCCCAAAGAUGACCAAAAUGAAAGAGAGAAUGCUAAAAUGAGCCCUCUUGCAGGAAGUGCAGCAACAGGCUCCCCUGGCAGACCCAGUCCAACCAACUUCACUCAGACAAGCCAUGCCUGUGAUGGCUUAUUUGAUCUCUCUAAUAAGUCAUCUUCCACAUCUCUUGGCAAGUAUGAGCAACCAGAAGAAAACUUAACAGCUUUCAGGCCUGUGAGAAAAAGCACUGAUCAACCGACUCUACUUCAAAGUGUGCAGACACAGCAAGACAGAGGAGAUUCACCUACCAGCAUCAAUGUCACUGAUGAAGAUUCCCAUACCCCGAAUGAAUGCCAGAACAAUGAAGGUUCACUCUCCAGCACUGACGACGACACGGGGAUAGCUCCCCUUAAUCUUUCAAAAAAGGCUGACAGUAACACAGGACCUGUUCAUGAGCAUGCAUACAAAACCACAUCCAAAACAGAAAGUCAGAACUUUCUAGAAUUGCAAGACAUGCCUUUGAACCUCUCAGUAAAAGAUUCCUGUAACACAGCAAGCCUGAAAACAUCCUUCCACAGCCCACCUCAUGAUAAUGGUGCUGCUACUUCUCCAGACACUGAAAACAAAACCUCUGGAGCAGACACAUCUAACUCCAAGAACCCUACUAACAGUCCCUGUGACAAAUCUUCUUUCACCGCUCACCGUAAUGAAGCUCAGGACUUGAGAAUAAUUGACAGCUGUGAUGAACAGAAACAAACAGCAGCUGUAGCUCUCUGCCAGCUAGCUGCAUACAGCCCCAGCAAAGUUAGAAUGGACAACGAAGGGCAGAGUCCUCAGGACAGUAAUGCUUCAUGUACAGAAGCUGCUCUUAAUUCUUCUGACACUCAGGAUACUCAGUGCAAUCAAAAAGUCAAAGGACAAAAACGGACAAAUCAGAAAGAAUCAGCAAAGUCACAGCAAGGCACUAAAAGAGCAAGGCCAAAUGACUGUAGCAGAGUCUUCACUUUAAGGAAGAGAACAAGAGUAUCUUAG